UCCACCCCUGCCGCCGCUAAGCGCCUCCUUUCUUUCUCUGCUCUUCUUCGUGGCCUUCUGCCCAAGGCCCGGCCCCUCCCUCACCUUCACCCACACCUGAACCCAAGGGAGGCCCCAAGAGCAGGGCGCCCGCACAAGGCCGCUCCUCCACCCGAUGCCCCUUCUCAGCCACACUCACCAGAAGCUGCCUCCUGGCCCUGGGCUCCAUGGCAACCAGCAUCUAACCAGGCCUAAUGCCUUCCUAGAGUUCCUGAGGGCAAAGGGCAGGAGCAGAGAGCACGACCCCAGCAAGGGGAGGACCAAUGGUGGCAGGAGGCAGAGGGCAGUGCCUGGACUCCACGUGCCGGCCACAGAACCAGGCAGCCUGUUGCUAGGUAACCACAUCUCCCAUCACUGCCCCCAGCACAUCGUCCUGAGCCGUCCAUCCUGUCUCCAGCCACCUUCUGUGAAGUCUCAAACACCAUCAUCUGUGGGACCCUGAAGGCCGAAGGGAGAAACAAGAGCGCAGCCACCACCCCUGAGCCACAGUUGCUACCCACAAUUUCACUGUGAAGAGUCAGCUGCCUGGGCCGUGAGGUCACUGCCACCAUGAGUCUGGGUAUCAUGGAAGAGGAAGACCUGGCCGAGUACUUCCGGCUGCAGUAUGGGGAGCGGCUGCUGCAGAUGCUUCAGAAACUCCCCAAUGUUGAGGGGGCGUCGGAGUCCCCAUCCAUCCGGCUACUGGAGAAGAAAAAGGAGACGAAAAUCAUGCAUCAAACUAUGGUGCAGAAGAAGAAGAUGUUUCAGCGCAGAAUGGAAACCCUGAACCUGCGCUGGGAGGAACUGGGCGUUAAGGAAGCCCAGCUGAAGGCUCACAUCCAGAAGUUUGAGCAGUUCAUCCAGGAGAAUGACCAGAAACGGAUCCGCGCCAUGAAGAAAGCCAACAAGGAGCGAGAACUCAAGCGCCAGCACAUGCAGGAGCUGACCAAGGGUAAGCAGGAGAUGGUGGCGCUGCGGCUGGAGCACCAGCGGCUGAGCGCCAAGCUGAAGGACUACUCCAUUUUCAACAAGUACCUAGAGAAGGUGGUGGAGAACUCUGAGUUCGAGGAGAUCCAUGAGGUGAUUGCGCGCUACAAGACACUGGUGAGCAUGCACCACGACCUCAUGCAGUCUGCACAGGAGGGCCAGGAGAAGAUUGAGCGCGCCAAGGCCCGGCUGGCACGCUACAUGGAGGAAAAGGAUGAUGAGAUCCUGCAGCAAAACAAUGAGCUGGCAAGGCUGCAGAUGCGCUUCGACCGUGCCCACAGCAAUGUCAUCAUCUGGGAAUCUCGCUGGGCGCACAUCCAGAACACCGCAGCCAAGAAGACCCUCCUGCUUGGCACCAUUAAGAUGGCCACGCUGAACCUCUUCCAGAUUGUGAGCAAGCAGCUGAAGGAGGUGACCGAGGUGGCACUGGAGGACACCCAUAAGCAGCUGGACAUGGAGAUGAAACUACUCACGGAAAUACACAUGACCGAGUAGCCUACAGAUUUAAACUUAAGGACCUGGGAAAGUACAAGUUGAACUAAGAGACCAAGGAUGGAGAGAAAUACAGACUGCCCUUGGUUCUUAAGGGUCUGAGACAAGGGCAGUAAUUGCUUCUGAGCUUGCUGGUAACCUGAAUGAAAAGCCACCUGUAGUUCUUAUACUAGAAUAAGAAAAAAUAAGGUUUCCUCCGAGACAAUGUGCCUUUUCCCAGCACUUAGUUCCCACUGAAAUUUCUCGAUGAGCCUUCACUGACACUCUGUGAAUAAUGUUCUCAACAGCAUCCCUGCAACCGAUGCAGGCACUGGCUUUGUAAGGCAGCUGCUUAUACAGAACAAGGAACGUGGUGCACAGGACAGCUUAGGAAAAGUGAUUCCGCAGAAGGCCAAGUCAAUCUGAAUUCCUUAGAGUGUGUCAUGGAAGGUUUGGCAUUAUCCCUGAAGAAAAACCAAAGUAUCUGAACAAGCAUUUUCCAGACUGAAUCCUGAGAUACUGUUUCCUAGGGGAAAUAAAAGGACUCUAUAGACUAAUACAUUUAGAAACUCUAAAUUAAACGAAGAUAAGAUU